UGUACACAUGUAAUAUAUGAUACAACACCUCUUCUUCAAAUUACAUACCGGUAAAUAAUGUACAUUUAAGACCCAUUGUAUGAGUGGCUGAUCUGAUUUUAACUCUUAGUGGCCUGGUGUCUGUCUGAGAAAACGGGAUUACGAAUGUAGUGGGUUAACUCUUGAAAACUCCAUGUCUCACUUGCGGGGCUUUCGUGUUUUACUUAAUAUCCAAAUUACAAUGUAGACUGUGCAACAAGAAACACAGAAUCACGACACCGUAAUAAAUAUUCUAUGUAUUUUGGCCUUCUUCCCAGACUUUGUUCUUUAUUGAUAAACCUAGUGGUCUGAUCCAAACAUGUUACAUAAAGCAAGUUCGAGGACUUUUGUAUCUGCAAAUAGAAUAAACAAAUAGGCAAUAGAAAGCGUGUGCCCCACACAUUUAAUAAAUCUGCAAAGCCUAGUGUUUAGCAAAAGUGUAGAAGUUGGAUGUAUUUAGUGAUUAACUACCUAUUACUUUGAGUAAACCUGCUAAUGCUGUUUAAUCAGUGGGUUGUUUGGUUUAGACUGAACAAUAGGUAUGACGUGAGGCCACAACAAUGUCUUUUUUUUUUAACAUGCACUAUGGUCUGUGAUACUGACGUGUUAACAGGGUGAAAACUGCUUUCACAAAAGGACCAUCAACCUCCACGACAUGUAAACUGCCCCCCCACCCACUCAUACUCCCAGUUUAACUGUAACUUGACCUUUGGACAAAUGAGUCUACAUCAAGUGGACGUGAUUCUGCAGUGGUUAGCAGCCAUCCUCAGUCACCACUUGACUUCAUUUGCCGAGUGUUGCUGCACCUUUUGAUUGCUCUGCGUAUUGAACGCUUUUGUUCAAUAGGUGAAUCUUUUUCUUUUUUUUUACUUUACUGUAUAAUAAUAAUAAGAAGCCAGUGAGGAGCUGGAGCGUGCUCAGUGAGGUUGGGCAGACGUCACCAUGGCAGUCUCCACUCAACUGGGUUUACUGCUUUGGAAGAAUUUCACGUACCGACGGAGACAGACUAUCCAGCUGCUGAUUGAGAUCAUCUGGCCUCUUUUCAUCUUCUUCAUCCUGAUCUCAGUCCGAAUACAUUAUCCACCCUAUGAGCAACAUGAAUGCCAUUUCCCUAACAAGGCCAUGCCCUCAGCGGGUACCCUGCCCUGGGUACAAGGCAUCAUCUGUAAUGCCAACAACCCCUGCUUCCGUAAUCCUACCCCUGGCGAGAGUCCUGGGGUGGUGGGAAACUUCAAUGAUUCUAUAAUCUCCCGUCUGUUCAUUGACGCCAAGAAGAUCCUGCUGUACACCCAGAAUGAUAAAAGCUACGAGGGCUACAGGGGACUGUUGAGGGCCCUCAGGAAGAUGCAGAAGAACACUGCUCGUUUCAAGCUGAAGGACUUCUUGCGAGAUAAUGAGACCCUUUCCCACUUCCUGCACCACAACGCCUCACUUCCUCGUCACGCACUGAAGCAGAUAGUGGAGGCUGAUGUCAAUCUGGAAAAGGUGUUGACUAAAGGUUUCGGCUUCCAUCUCAGAGACCUCUGUAAUACCACGCCCCUGGAGGAGUUUGUUCACAUUGCUGACAGCAACGUGUCGCGUCUGACUCGAGAAAUUAUCUGCAAGUCCUCCAGUGAUUGGCUAAACAAGGCCCAAAGCCACUUCCUCUCCAACUUGGACUUCCUCAAACCAAUUCGGAAGGAUGUGAAGUCAGACCCCAAAAUCAUUCAAGAAGUCUCAGCUGCAACUGACUAUCUUCUGGAGAACCUUGGAGCGCUGGCUGUGGAGCUUUCCGGAAUGAAUAGCUGGAAGGAUAUGCGUAAGGAGAUCCUGUACCUGACUGCAAAUGCCACAGGCUCUCCAAACCAGAUGUACCAGGCUGUGUCACGUAUCGUCUGUGGACACCCCGAGGGAGGCGGCCUCAAAAUCAAGUCUCUCAACUGGUAUGAAGACAACAACUACAAGGCCUUGUUCGGAAACCAUGGCAACGACAGUGACAGUGAACCUCUUUCCACUUAUGACAACUCUUCCACUCCUUAUUGUAACAACAUGAUGCGGAGUCUGGAGUCCAGCCCCAUUUCCAGGAUGAUCUGGAGAGCUCUGAAGCCCCUGCUCAUGGGGAAGAUUCUUUACACUCCAGAUACUCCAGCAACACAGAGAAUCAUCCAUGAGGUUAAUAAGACCUUCCAGGAGCUUGGUGUGCUGAGGGACCUUGGUGGGAUGUGGGAGGAGAUAAGACCCAAAAUUUGGAACUUCAUGGAGAACAGCGAGGAAAUGGACUUGGUCAGGACCCUGCUCCAGAAUAAUGCCAGUGCUGUGUUCCUUAAUGCACAGCUCAGUGAGACUGAGUGGCGUGUGUCAGAUGUUUCAGACUUCCUGUCCAAGGCCUCAGAGGACCAAAGACCUGCAGGUUCUGCCUAUACUUGGAGAGACGUCUUCAACGAAACCGACCAGGCCAUACAGACCAUCUCACGCUUCAUGGAGUGUGUGAACCUGGACAAGCUGGAGCCAGUAGCUAAUGAGGAGAGACUGGUGAAUAAGUCCAUGGGUCUUCUGGACAACCAGAAAUUCUGGGCUGGAAUCGUCUUUCCUGACAUCACCCACAGCAACAGCACUGACUUGCCUCCCAACGUCAACUAUAAGAUCCGCAUGGACAUUGAUAAUGUGGAGAGGACAAACAAGAUUAAAGAUGGCUAUUGGGAUCCUGGUCCCAGGGCAGAUCCCUUUGAGGACCUUCGGUACAUCUGGGGUGGAUUUUCUUACCUGCAGGAUGUCAUCGAACAUGGAAUCAUAAGAGCUAUCACUGGCACCAAAGAAAAGACAGGCAUCUACAUCCAGCAGAUGCCUUACCCCUGCUACGUUGAUGACAUUUUCCUACGGGUGAUGAGUCGCUCAAUGCCCCUGUUCAUGACCUUGGCGUGGAUGUACUCAGUGGCCAUCAUCAUCAAGGGCGUGGUAUAUGAGAAGGAGGCACGGCUCAAGGAGACCAUGAGGAUCAUGGGACUGAACAAUGGUAUCUUGUGGCUCAGCUGGUUCAUCAGCAGUUUAAUCCCACUUCUGAUCAGCGCGGGCUUGUUGGUGACAUUACUAAAGAUGGGCAACCUGCUGCCUUAUAGUGACCCAGGAGUGGUGUUUCUUUUCUUGGGAUCCUUCGGCAUAGUAACCAUCAUGCAGUGCUUCCUUAUCAGCACCCUGUUCUCUCGUGCCAACUUGGCAGCUGCCUGUGGUGGCAUCAUAUAUUUCACCCUGUAUCUGCCCUACGUGCUGUGUGUCGCCUGGCAAGACUACGUCGGCUUUGGAGCAAAAGUUGUUGUGAGUCUGCUAUCUCCUGUGGCUUUUGGUUUUGGCUGUGAGUACUUUGCCCUGUUUGAGGAGCAGGGUGUGGGUAUCCAGUGGUCAAACCUGCUGGCCAGUCCUCUGGAGGAAGAUAGCUACAACCUGACCACGUCCAUCUGCCUCAUGUUGUUCGACGCCCUGCUCUACGGAGUAAUGACGUGGUACAUCGAAGCUGUGUUCCCUGGUCAGUAUGGGAUUCCCAGGGCUUGGUAUUUCCCUUUCACUAGGACGUACUGGUGUGGAGAAAAAGAAAACCAGUAUCUCUCCACCCCUCUGUCAAAGAAGGGCAACGCUGAAGCUGUGUGUAUUGAAGAGGAGCCGAGCCACAUCGAGCCGGGUGUUUACAUCGAAAAUCUGGUGAAGGUCUACAGUCAUGGAAACAAGCUGGCUGUGGAUGGACUGUCCCUCAGGUUCUAUAACGGACAGAUAACCUCCUUCCUUGGCCACAAUGGAGCUGGCAAGACCACAACUAUGUCCAUUCUGACCGGUCUGUUUCCACCCACCUCUGGUACAGCCUACAUCCUUGGCAAGGACAUCCGCACCGAACUAAGUACCAUCCGACAGAAUCUGGGCGUUUGUCCUCAGCACAACGUCCUUUUCAGCAUGCUAACGGUGGAGGAACACAUCUGGUUCUAUGCCCGUCUGAAGGGCCUGCCAGAGGAGAAGGUGAAGGCAGAGAUGGAACAAAUUGUGAAUGAUGUCGGACUGCCUCACAAACGACAGUCACGAACUAGCACGCUGUCAGGAGGGAUGCAGAGGAAGCUGUCAGUGGCUCUGGCUUUUGUUGGAGGCUCAAAAGUUGUGAUUCUGGAUGAACCUACUGCUGGAGUCGAUCCCUACGCACGCAGGGGCAUCUGGGACCUGCUACUUAAAUACAGACAAGGCCGCACCAUCAUCCUGUCCACUCACCACAUGGAUGAGGCUGACAUCCUGGGUGACCGCAUUGCCAUCAUUUCCCACGGGAAACUGUGCUGCGUAGGCUCCUCGCUCUUCCUGAAGACCCAUCUGGGCACAGGCUACUACCUGACCCUGGUCAAGAGAGACUACGAUUUGACACUUCAGUCCUGCAGGAAUUCUGCCAGCACCGUCUCCUACAGCAAGAAGACAGAAAAGGAGGACAGUGUAUCAGAGAGCAGUUCAGAUGCUGGUCUUGGCAGCGAACCAGAGAGUGAAACAACCACAAUUGAUGUGUCCCUCAUCUCCAACGUGAUAUUCAAGCAUGUUCCUGAGGCUCGCCUGGUUGAGGACCUUGGCCAUGAACUCACCUAUGUCUUGCCCUAUCAGUCAGCCAAAGAUGGAGCCUUUGUAGAGCUCUUCCAUGAGCUGGAUGACCGACUCACCGACCUGGGAAUAUCCAGCUAUGGAAUAUCUGAUACCACCCUGGAGGAGAUUUUCCUCAAAGUGGCUGAGGACAGUGGAGUGGAUUCAGUUGAGCUUUCAGAUGGAGUCGUGCCUACCAGGACUCGUCGCCAUCAUGCUUUUGGAGACCACCAGAGCUGCCUGAAGCCCUUCACUGAGGAUGACUUUGAUUUCAACGACUCUGAAGGUGACCCAGAAUCCCGUGAGACCGACUGGCUCAGUGGAACAGAUGGCAAAGGUUCCUACCAGGUCAAAGGCUGGGGUCUGAAGAGACAGCAGUUUGUUGCACUACUCUGGAAACGAUUCCUCUACGCUCGGCGCUCCAGGAAAGGCUUCUUUGCUCAGAUUGUUCUUCCAGCAGUGUUUGUCUGUAUUGCCCUGGUGUUCAGUCUGAUUGUUCCUCCCUUCGGAAAGUACCCAAGUCUGGCUCUGCAUCCCAGCAUGUAUGGAGAACAGUUUACCUUCAUCAGCAAUGACAUGCCUGAGGACCCUCACAUCAACAAACUACUGGGAGCUCUCACAGAAAAACCAGGAUUUGGAACACGCUGCAUGGAAGGAGAACCUAUACCGGACACUCCCUGUACAGCAGUUGACGAUGAGUGGUCCGUCCCAGAAGUCUCCCAAAUUGUGAGCAACAUGUUCGACAAAGGCAACUGGUCGAUGGAGAAUCCGUCUCCCCUGUGUGAAUGCAGCUGCAAGGGACGUAAGAGGAUGCUUCCGGAGUGUCCACCUGGUGCUGGUGGACUUCCACCACCACAGAUGAAGAUUAGUGACAAAGAUACUCUGCAGAAUCUGACUGGCAGGAAUGUCUCAGACUAUCUGGUUAAAACCUACGCUCAGAUAAUUGGCAAGAGCCUGAAGAAUAAGAUUUGGGUCAACGAGUUCAGAUAUGGUGGAUUCUCACUGGGCGCCAGGAGUUCUCAGUUGCUGUCACACACAGAUGAAAUCGAUUAUGCCAUCGCUCAGCUGAGGAGACGCUUCCGUCUGGAGAGAGGAACUGCAGCAGAUCGUUUCUUUGGGAGCCUUUCCAGUUUUAUCCAAGGAUUGGAUACCCAGAAUAACGUCAAGAUCUGGUUCAACAACAAGGGCUGGCACAGCAUUGGUUCUUUCCUCAAUGUGAUGAACAAUGGCAUCCUGCGGGCAAGUCUGCAAGCCGAUAAAGAUCCUACAAAGUUUGGCAUCACUGCCUACAACCACCCGCUCAACCUUACCAAGGAGCAGCUGUCACAGGUUGCACUGAUGACAACAUCAGUGGAUGUACUGGUUUCCAUCUGCGUGAUCUUCGCCAUGUCCUUCGUCCCUGCCAGCUUUGUUGUCUUCCUCAUCCAAGAGAGAGUGAACAAAGCCAAACAUAUGCAGUUUAUCAGCGGAGUGCAGCCUUUCCUGUACUGGCUGGCCAACUUUGUUUGGGAUAUGUGUAACUACAUUGUCCCAGCCACACUGGUUAUCAUCAUCUUUGUGUGUUUCCAACAAGACGCCUACGUCUCCUCCACCAAUCUGCCUGUGUUGGCACUGCUGCUGCUGCUCUACGGAUGGUCCAUCACCCCUCUGAUGUACCCAGCCUCGUUCUUCUUUAAGAUCCCCAGCACCGCCUACGUGGUUCUGACCAGUGUUAACAUACUGAUAGGAAUCAACGGCAGUGUCUCCACAUUUGUACUGGAGCUGUUUGGAAGCAAUGAAAUUGGCGGUAUCAACGACAUCCUUAAGAACGUCUUCCUCAUCUUCCCUCACUUUUGUCUGGGUAGAGGACUGAUUGACAUGGUGAAAAAUCAGGCAAUGGCAGACGCUUUGGAGAGAUUUGGUGAGAACCGGUUCCGCUCCCCUCUAGCCUGGGACAUGGUGGGAAAGAACCUGUUUGCGAUGGCCAUAGAGGGCGUGAUCUUCUUCUUCAUCACCGUCCUCAUUCAGUACCGCUUCUGCUUCAAACCCAGGUCAUCCACCAGUCAUCUGAAGCCAAUUGGAGAAGAAGACGAGGACGUCGCCAGAGAGCGACAGAGGAUCCUGAGUGGAGCAGGACAGUCGGACAUCCUGGAGCUUAGGCAGCUUACUAAGAUCUACAAGCGGAAACAGAAGCCAGCAGUGGACCGGCUGUGUGUCGGCAUCCCCCCUGGAGAGUGCUUUGGCUUACUGGGGGUGAAUGGGGCAGGGAAAACCAGCACCUUUAAAAUGCUGACAGGAGACUCAGUGGUCACGAGUGGAGAGGCCUACCUGGCCGGCAAGAGCGUAACCACAGAGAUAGACGAGGUCCAUCAGAACAUGGGCUACUGUCCUCAGUUUGAUGCCAUCAACGACCUGCUGACCGGCAGAGAACAUCUUGAGUUUUAUGCCAUCCUGAGAGGAGUACCUGAGAAGGAAGUCUGUGAGGUGGCAGAGUGGGGCAUAAGGAAGCUGGGCUUGGUCAAAUAUGUGGACAAGGCAGCAGGAAGUUACAGUGGAGGAAACAUGAGGAAAUUGUCUACUGCCAUCGCUCUGAUUGGAGGACCACCAGUCGUCUUUCUGGAUGAACCAACAACAGGCAUGGACCCUAAGGCACGUCGUGCUCUGUGGAACGCAAUCCUGAGCAUCAUCAAAGAGGGACGAUCUGUAGUCCUGACAUCUCACAGCAUGGAGGAGUGUGAAGCACUCUGCACCAGAAUGGCCAUCAUGGUCAACGGCAGGUUCCGCUGUUUGGGCAGCGUGCAGCAUCUCAAAAACAGAUUUGGUGAUGGCUACACCAUCAUCCUGCGGGUGGCUGGCCCAGACCCAGACCUCCGGCCGGUGAUGGAGUUCAUUGAGCGGGAGCUUCCUGGCAGCACACUGAAGGAGAAACACCGCAACAUGCUACAGUACCAGCUGCCCACCUCCCUCACCUCCCUCGCCCGCAUCUUCUCCCUGCUCUCUAAAAACAAGGAGGCGCUCAGCAUAGAGGACUAUUCCGUCUCCCAGACAACUCUAGACCAAGUGUUUGUAAAUUUUGCCAAGGACCAAAGUGAUGAGGACCACUUGAAAGAAGUCCAUCUGAGCAAGCGGGAUGCUGUGGUAGUGGACAUUUCCCAGCUAAAUUCUUUCCUCACGGACAGCAAAACAAGGGAGAGCUGUGUCUGAUUCCGCAACAUACCAACAGUGGAAGCUGUUAUGCUUCACACACAGUCCCCCCAACCCAGAUAAUAUGGACCACUAACCAGCGGGGGAAGAUGGACUUUGUUCCCUUUUAUUUUAUUUUUAUUUUUUAGUCUUUUUUAAUUAUUAUCAUUUCUCAGUGGACCUGCACUUCAGCGCACAACCUCCUUCAAGGCUGCAGGUAUUGUGACAGACACUGAAACUAUGAAAACUCAAUGCAAAUCAAUGCAAGAAAUCCACAUAAAUAUAUUUAUGAUGAGAAGAUAUUCCUGUGAGGGUUGGAGACCGGUGCUUCUCCUUCACUAGAGGGACAGAAAGAAAGAAAAGACCCAGAACACUUGAAGCGACGGCAGGAUUAUAACGCCGCGUCAGGCUGGAACGCUAACUGCCCUGCUGCUCACUCAAUGGACACAGCAUCGGGGAUGUUAGAAGGAAAUAUCUCUAGUUUUAAAUUCCCCUUUCCUAAAAGUAGUUAGCAGUAGUCAAUGGGACAUGUGUAUGUGUAACUUUGUGUCGUGACAUCACGACAGUGUGAAACAAAAGAGAAAAGAAGUCCGAAUCAUUCACUGCCAACCGCUAAAAGACGAUCUGACUAUUUUUUUAUCAGGGUCAAACCUCUCGAUCGCUCUUCGUUACCAAGUGCAGUCAUUUUGUAAUGCAAAUGAUGGAAGAGCAGCAUUUACAAUCCACUUGAUUUCAGACACAAACAUGCAAUCAUGCGACAUGUUAAUUUUUACUGAUUUGAUUUUUUAAAGAUAAUUUAAUUCUAAUAAGCAAACAUAACCUCUAUGGAGUAUUUUUGUUUUUUUCUUUUUCUGGAUAACAAUUAAGAUUGAUAACCAAGUUGUCUUUUGUAUUUGUUGUUCUUGGUGUCCUUGAAAUUUUCCAGCACAGUGCCUAUACUGUAUCAUGGUAAAGAGAGAGAGAAAUCUAGCACUCCAUUUAAAAACAAUGACAACAACGUAUGUAGGCUGCUCCGGAAUGUAUGAGGCUGAUACCAACACGCGUCAAAACACAAAAAAAUGAUUUUUGUGAAGAUGAUGAAUGAAACUUGACUGUUUUUUUUUUUAAGUGUGUCCUUCAUUGUCAAAAACACAAAAAAAUCUUGUGACUGCUUGAUGUGUGUACAUGAUGCAGCCUACUGUACUGGCUUGUUUUUACUUGUCCUGCCCUUUCUAAAUGGAACUGAAGGCCGAUCGGAAUGGACACAGGGUAAACAUCGCAAAAGUUGUGACUUCAACAGAUACCUGAAGGUUGCUGAAGAAUCUGGACCGUGUUUUUUUUUAUGAAAGUUCAUUGGAAAUAUUUACUGCAUGCUUUCCACUGGGCUACACACACUUGGACUAUCAGCACUUCUAUGUGUGUGCCAGAGCAGUCAGAUCAGCUUGUGAAGAACUGGAGACGACUGAAUUGUACUUCUUUAUUGUUGGGUUUUUGGCACAUUAUGUGUCUGUGGAGCCCAGCUUCUGUUGUACAAAAAUCUGUAUCAAAAUGUUGUUUUGGUGAUGAGAUGAAUCAGAUGGAAUUGAUCCUACAGGUAAAACUGUAGUUCCCAAUGCAUGGAGAGGACAGUUUGACAUCUACUCUUCUUGUGUGAGAUCUAAAGAUGGUAACUUUGCAUGUGUGAGGGCCCUGUGGGAACGUUUUAGGCCUGAGCCAUCACCAAUGUGGAUAUUAUGUAUAGUAGCAGCAGUAUAUUGUGAUGUCGAGUAAAAGAAAAACGUUACCAGUGGAGUGAACAAACGUUAUCUGUGCCAAAUGGAGCUGAAUAUGUAUCACUGAUCAACCAGCAUAAUCUUGAGGAGGAGCUGCUUUGUAAAGUUUAAGUUGUGCUUUGAUGUCAGCUCUUCAUCCAUCAGCUCACGUAACGGAAAUCCUCCUCCGUUAUCAGCAGCUUGGAACAAAAAGAUUUUAAAAUUUGUUCUCCUUGACUCCUCAGUCUCCAACAGAGGUUUUUUUUUUUUUUUUUUUUUUUUUUUUUUCUGGUGAUGUUGCCAAGUUCUAAUCUUUGUGUUCAAUGAAGCGAACUGUACUGUCAGUAACUCAAAUUUUAGACAUGAGGUUAAGAUAUUCACACAGACUUAUGUUUCCAGAGAUAGUCCAUAGGCUAGACUGCAUCUCAACAGGGACCAUGAUAAUUAGAGCUGUGCUAGUAACGCUUUACAGUCCAAAAAAAAAGAAAUCGUAUCCAGGGUUGAAACUGAUGACAGACUGUCAUUACAGGUGCUCUGUGUCAUAUGAUAUCAUGGAAGGGGUUUCCGUUAUCUCGGGGAUCUGAUCACUGCUGUGGGGCUUCAGACUUUCCCCUCAGCUAAAAUGUGAGCACUUUAUAGACUUCAUCGGCUGUUGUGUCAAAGAUGUAGACGCAGGGCAUUUGGGUAUCGCAAAUUCAAAUAUUUAAAAACAAAUGUCUGCACUGGAACACAGGUAGAAUUCAGACAAAAUGAAGCUACACCACUGCAUUAAAACGUGUUUCACUUGGAAUAGAGAACGAAGGCUUACUUGUGAUUGACAGAAGCGAGUGAAAAGGGGAGACAGUAGUGAGACAAAGAAAGAAAUGCAGGAAAGUAAGACGGUGAUUUUUCUCCUCUCAUGCUCAAUAUUAUUAUUUGUUUACAUUUUUAAGUAUUAAACAGCUGUUUGGGUCUGUUACUCAUUGUGUAUAGUUACUCUUUGCAUUACUAAAUAAAAAAUUCAUACAUUUUGAAAAAAA